AGCAACCUGAUACUGUACUGGAGGGGAGAGAGACACAACCAGGCGUUCCCCGCCGCUCUGUCUGAGGCCCGCCCUGCCCGGAGACUCCACGUUCAAUGCCAAAUGCAAUCGCCCCAGGGAGCAACGGAAGAGACGUCUAUUCAAUCCCCUCAAUCAACACGACGGGAAUAACCUAUUUACUAACCAUGAAUAGACCAAAUAUGCCAGUAAUACCAAAUAGCAUACGUAGUAACUACGAAGACGAUGAUCUAUGAGCAUAGCCAAAGCAUUUUGGAUGUGAUGGACCGUUCAACGAAAAGAGCUGGAACGUUAGCGAACUAUUAAAACUGGCUAACAUUAGCUUGCGACCCGAACUAGCUAGCUACGGUGGCUAGAACCGGCUCUUACGUGAGAACAAAAGGAGAAAUUGCAGCAAGGUUUGGGGCAAACGGACUCUGUUCGUUUCCCAACAAGUUUAGCUUUAAUAAUAGUUGGCUAACGUAAGUUUGCUUUCAUAACAGUGUUCUGUUAGCUAUCUAUCUAACUUAGCAAGCUAAUUUGCGACUAACGUUAGCUAUGUCAACUAGCUAGCUAGCAACGGUUAUGUUAGAGAUAGUAAACGUUAGCCAGCAGGACAAUCUCAUCUGACGCCCUGUCUUCAUCGCUAAGAUUUAUUUUCGAUGUGUUGUUCAGUGCUGGACACUUCAGUUCAAGUUAUUGAGCUGACGUGAAAGAGAUAUCGGGAUUUUUUCAAACAUAAACAAGUUGGAGGAGCGACGAGAUCAGGCUUUAGAAGUGUACAGUACUGGCUUGAAUUCAAUGGUGGCGCUGAAGCGAAUCACGAUGUUGGCGUUUGGGCUGUGCGUGAUGGUCCUCCUCCCCCGGGUCGCUGCUGCUGAGGGGGAGGAGAGAGAGUGUGCGUUCACUGAUCAGCAGCAGCAGUGGGAGGUGGAGAGGGUUGCAGGGGGGGAGGGCCGCGUCUCCCCGGAGAACACCACCAUCCGCUGCGUCAAAGGAUCCCACUGCUUUGGCCUCUGGGAGAAGAGCCUUCCUGGGGACAUACGACUGGUUAAACAAGGUUGUUGGACUCAUCUUGGUGAUCAGCAAGAAUGUCGUGACGACCGUUGCGUGGUAACCAACCUGCCUCCCCCGAUCCAGAACGGAACGUACCAUUUCUGCUGCUGCAGCACUGACAUGUGUAACGUCAACUUCACUGAGGACUUCCCUCCUCCCCUCCCCACUACAGCACAGCCCAUCUACCACCAGCUACAUUGUGAAGAGACCAUUGUCAUCUCCUUGGCGAUUAUCUCUGUGCUGGCUGUCAUCAUCGUCGCUGCCUUCUUCGGUUACCGCAUGCUUCGCGGAGACGGUAAACAAGGUCUCCAUAACCUCAACAUGAUGGAGGCAGCUGGUUCUGAGAGCUCUCUUGACCUGGACAACCUCAAACUACUAGAGCUGAUUGGCCGAGGCCGGUACGGCUCAGUGUUCUCUGGGUCAUUGGACGAGCGCCAGGUGGCGGUGAAGGUGUUCUCCUCAGCUAAUAGGCAGAACUUCCUGAACGAGUGUUCCAUCUACCGGCUCCCCCUGCUGGAGCACGACAACAUUGCCCCUUUCAUUGCUGCAGAUGAACGGCUGGGGGCCGAGGGCCGCAUGGAGUACCUGCUGGUCAUGGACUACUACCCCCACGGUUCUCUGAGUCGGUAUCUGAGCCUCCACACAGGUGAUUGGAUGUCCAGCUGCCGUCUGGCUCAUUCUGUCACCCGAGGGCUGGCCUACCUGCACACUGAGCUGUUGAGAGGAGACAUCUACAAGCCAGCCGUAUCUCACAGAGAUCUGAACAGUAGAAACAUCCUAGUGAAGAACGAUGGAACGUGUGUCAUCAUUGACUUCGGCCUCUCCAUGAAGCUGACAGGGAACCGUCCAGUACGGCAGGGAGAGGAGGAGAACGCUGCCAUCAGUGAGGUGGGGACCAUCCGUUACAUGGCUCCAGAGGUCCUGGAGGGGGCGGUCAACCUCAGGGACUGUGAGUCCGCUCUGAAGCAGGUGGACAUGUACUCCCUCGGCCUCGUCUACUGGGAGACCUUCAUGAGAUGUACCGACCUCUUCCCAGGGGAGUCCAUUCCAGAAUACCAGAUGGCGUUCCAGGCUGAGGCUGGGAACCACCCGUCUUUUGAGGACAUGCAGGUCCUGGUGUCCAGAGAGAAACAGAGACCCAAGUUCCCAGAGGCCUGGAAGGAGAACAGCCUGGCGGUGCGCUCCCUGAAGGAGACCAUGGAGGACUGCUGGGACCAGGACGCAGAGGCUCGUCUGACAGCUCAGUGUGCAGAGGAGCGCAUGGCGGAGCUCCUACUGAUCUGGGACCGGAGCAAGUCUGUCAGCCCCACCCUGAACCCCACCAGCACCACCUGCUUGGCCCUGCACAAUGAAAGAAACCGCAUGGUGCCAAAGCCGAGCCCCUACCUGGACCCUGCCUCCUCCUACAUUGACGAGCAGGACGGCGUGGCUAAGAACACACAGGGGGACACCUCCUCUGCUGUGAAUGGGCGGGCUGGAGCUGGGGGCGUGGCCGGAGACAGGAACAGAAACUCCAUCAACUACGAACGGCAGCAAGCAGCUCACGCCCAUCUCCCCAGCCCCUCCUCUGGCCCCGCCUUGACCGCCAUUUCAGAGUCCAGCCAGGGUCACGACCCUAACCUCCACCUGACCCUGACUCAGGAGGACCUGGAGACCACCAAGCUGGACCCCAAGGAGGUGGACAAGAACCUGAAGGAGAGUUCUGAUGAGAACCUGAUGGAACACAGCCAGAAACAGUUCUAUUCUCCUGACCUCCUCAGCCCCGCCUCCUCCUCCCUCCUCUUCCCCUUCAUCAAGAUGGCCUCCGAGGCUUCUGGGUCAGCUGACCCUCCUCCCGCCCUUUUCCCCCUCCCCAAGCAGCAGAACCUGCCUAAACGGCCCUCCAGUUUGCCACUCCGCUCCAAGACGCCCAAGAAAGACCCCUCCACCUCUCUGAGGUUUAAGUUUGGUCGCCACGGAAAGUCCAACCUGCGACAGGUCGAGGGCGGGGCUAAAACCAACAUCAUUUCAAACUCCAACAGCCUCUCUGAGCCCCACCGGGUCGCAGCUACCAACAACCUGCCAGUCCUGCGGGACCUCCCAGUGAACGGGCACCUACCUGCCGGGUCCUCGUCCUCUCCUGCUGGGGGGGCCAGCAGCACGCUAACACAGAGCGCCAACGCUAGCUUGUUGGGCUCCGAGGAGGGACGUCUGGGCCUGAUCACCGCCAGCCCCGACGAACACGAACCGCUCCUGAGCAGAGAAAGAGAGCAGCCGGGCCUUGGCACCGCCCACACACGACCAAACAACAACAACAGCAACAACAACAAUGGACUGGCACUCGGGGAGGGGAAUGGGGGAGGAGAAGAGGAAGGGGAGGAGGAGGGAGCUGGAGCCAGUGGAGAAACCACGUGUCCCCUGGAGGAGGGCUCCACGUCGGGCUCCCUCUCUGGUCCUGAACCAAACCCGGUCCCAAUGAGAGGUGAGGCCCUUCUCCGGCAGCCCAAAGGAGGCCGGCGGCCCGAAAGACCCAACUCCCUGGACCUGUCCUUCACCACCAGAGACCUGGUCUCACUGGGGGAGGGCUUGGUCCAGAACGAUGGAGCCGAGAAGAUAAAAAAGCGUGUUAAAACUCCGUACUCCCUGAAGCGCUGGCGACCCUCAACCUGGGUAGUCUCCACGGAUACCAGGGGGUCAGAGGUCAAUAACAACAGGGGUCAGGGUCAGCCUCGGCCCAAGUCCAGCUCAGCCGUGUAUCUGACCUCUGAACCCAGUGACACCCGUGUCUGAUCUCUGACCUUGAAAAGGACAACACAAACAGUUAGACCGUAGAGAGUUGCCUGGGUAACGGCACAAGAAAUUUAUCAUGAGACUUUCUAACAAGCAGUUGGUUGUGUACAAUGCAGUUAAUGUCUCUUACUAUGCGUCUUUCAAUGAAAUUGCUUUAAUUUGAAUCAAGCUAUGCAGCAAUCGCUUUCCUACUGCUAGGUUAGAGUUUUCAUUUUUAUAUGUGCAUAUUAUGUUUCGUUGCCUUCUCCAGUUGCACUUUGGAACAGCUGAAAUCUCAAUCUGUGACCUUGGCGAUUGGUCUCUAAACUUUAAACAAUCAACGUAUUUGGGUGCUCUUAUGUAUUUUGGGGCACAAUUGCAUUGAAAGGAGUUUGCUUUGUAAACGAGUAACUUUGGUCUUAAAGACAGAAUUAUCGACUUCCCCUUUUUUUUUAACUUUAUGUUAAUUUGUAUCUUUUAUUAAUUAUCUAUCACUUUUUUGUAUCAGACUUUUUGUGCAAUAGCAUAUUGCUUUUAGGUGCUUUUCAUAUUUUUAACACAUUGUUUUAUUUUUCUUAUAUUUUUUUUAUAUAUAUUCGCUGUCUUGCACUUAUGGUUAAAAUGUCAAUAUUUUAUUCAGUCCGUAGCCCUUCUUUUUAGUAGAGGAAUCUAUCAGACUACAACUUCUCCUCUCUUCUUCUCUCUUCUCUAAAAAAACAACUGAAUUACUCCCCAGAGCUUGUAGCUCAGUGGAAUUUUAUUCAACUGUAACUCUGGGACUACAUUCACCAGAGAACUCUGGGACUACAAACACCAGAGAACACUGGCACUACAAUCAUCAGAGAUCACUGGGACAACAAUUACCAGAGAACACCAGGACUACAAUCACCAGAGAACACUAAGACUACAAUCCCCAGAGAACAGUAGGACUACAAUCACCAGAGAACACUAGGAUUACAAUCACCAGAGAACACCAGGACUACAAUCACCAGAGACCACUAGGACUACAAUCAUCAGAGGACACCAGGACUACAAUCACCAGAGGAACACUGGAUCAGUGGGACUUCACUCACCAGAGUGCUGGGGCUCUGGGACUAUCAAGAAAAAAUGGAUGCAUCUGUUAUAGAAACUGACAAACAGCAACAACACCUCACUGUGACCUGUCUCAACAGAAAACAGACAUGGACACCCACAAUCCUGUCUGCUUGGAAUUCAUACCUUCUGAAACACAUUGAAACCUUUUCCUUGUCUUGUCAAUUUGUAAAGUGUGUGAGAGAGAAAGAAAGAUCCUGGUUUUACUAUUCAUGCAGAGACCAGAAUUCUCCAUGAAGGUAGUGAAUCAUGACAGUUCAGUUCAGGAACUCAACAGUGGGGUACAAUAUGGGUUAGUUAUAGGUUUAGGCAUUAGGGGUUAAGUUUAGGCAUGAAGUCUAAAAAAUCAAGUUUAGGGGAAAAGGAAAAUAGGGAAUAAUGUUUCUGGUCCCCACAAGGAUAGAAAAUCAAAAGUGUGUUUGCGAAAGUGUCACCUUUUUGGGGCUGUCUGUUUCAGUGCUGCUUCAGAGGACGAAGUUAUCGGUUUUGUAAUCUGUAAUUUGUAUGAGAAAUAUGUAUGUGUAUCUAAUAUCUAAAAAAAAAAAAAAAUGAAUAUUUGCAUCAUGUAUAUGGAAUUCUGUUUUGCAUUCAAUGGAUAUGGCUUUUUAAUUCCACUGCUAUGCAUCAGCCCAGUUGGCCUAACAACCUGUCCGAUUCUGCCACUACCGAUCGCUCACAGAAAUCUGCUAGUGGGCGUAGCGUUUGACCGUAGCGGUGUGGGCGGGUGGUCAGGCAGCUGACGGGUUGGGGGUUAACCCCUCUUCUCUGUGCUGUGUUAUUCUGAUGAUUUAUGAACACUAAAGUUUUGACACAAAAAAUAAAUACAAAUCUUAAUAAA